UGUUCUGAAGGACUCCAAGGCGGAAGUCGUAUUGUUGUGGGCAGAAACUGAGGCUGCCUGAGCCACAGAUAUGUACCGAGCUAGCGCAGCUAAUUUACGUAGCUUAUGGCUACUCACGGCAGUCUCAAGCUAACUCCCUCAGUUUCCUCUCAAAUAACGGAUAAUGGCGUUCGAUGCUUCGGGUUCUUUAUUAUAAUUAACAUCAUAAAGUUCCAACAUCAAAAUAACGGAACAGCCAACAGCGCUUGCUCAGUCCUGUAUUAGCUUAGCUAUCACUAGCAGAAAGCUAACUGUCAUGACGUCUUUAUGAAGCUUAGGGUGAACUAAAUGAUCUUUGUUGAGAGCGUCCUCUGUUCCGGUUCUUCAGUGUCACGCUAAAGCAGAUGGAGAGGCGGCGUCCAGCCCAAAAGGACAUUUGUCCCCUGCAGUCAAAAUCCCUGAGGACUGACGAAGAGACUGUCCUCUUCCAAGUGGACAGGAAGUCUCCGAUGACGUCUGCCCCUCACACAGGAAGAUCCACUGGAGACAGACAGGACGAGGUGGGAACACCUGUUUCAGGUGACACAGCAUCAAACUGUGACCACACAAUGACAUGCGAACACGUGGGGUCCUGUUUAAAUAAAGUUCGGUUGAAUUCACCCGUGGAGGCGUUGACCAGCGAGGACGAAUUGGGAGGACUGGACGUCGACCUGGACAGGAAGUCCAAGCAGCACAACUUGACCUCCAGCAAUGUGCGCGCCAUCCUGCACGAGGUGAUAACUGAUGAGCGAGUGGUGGCCAUGAUGGAAGCCGCCAUCAGAGACACUCAGGACUUACCAAUGUUUGAGCCUAAAAUGACUCGAUCCAGACUGAAGCAGGCCGUGGAGCGGGGACAGCCACUCACCUGGAGUCUUUCAGCAUUGAACGCAGCCUCGGUCAAGCCUCCUCAGUUUGUUGACAUUGAUCUUGAGGAGGAUGAAGACUCGUCAGGUGAAGAGUAUUGUCCUGAUGAGGAAGAGGAGGACGAGGAGGACACGGCGGAGGAGAGAUCUCCAGAAGGGCCGGGGGAGCAGUCCAUAACCUCCUCCCGCGCUCCUCACUCCCUCCUCACUGCCCCCGAGUUCUCCUUCCUUGAGAGACUGAAUGCGGUGGAGGAGGAGCUGGACAGCAGCCCUGCAUACCCCGCCAACCAGUCCCUGGACAGGAAAGCCGAGUACGGAGGCGGUCUCGAGGGUUCUGGCGGUUUGGCAUAUCGCACGCGCUCAAAGCUCCGUCUGGACCACGUUCCUCUGGGUCAGCUGGAGGCAGCUCUUCUGGCCCCGGACAUCACGGCCGACAUGUACGGCCAUAGCGCCCCCCAGCGGGAGGAGGACCGGCACUGGACCAGGUGGCUGCAGGGUCUCAUGUCCCCCGACUGUGAAGAGGAAGUCGACGACGACGACGACCCGGAGUACAACUUCCAGGAGGACCAAGACGAGCCGGAUCUGGAGGACUACAGGACGGACCGCGCCGUGCAGAUCACCAAAAAGGAGGUGAACGAGCUGCUGGAGGAGCUCUUUGACACACUCCAGGAGGAGGUGGCAGCUGAUGAGAUGGAGGAGGAGGAGGACGUGGCAGCUGAGAAGGAGGCGCCGUCACAGACUGGACCCAAAUUCAACAUUCCCCAGGCUUUACGUUUUGAAGCGCCCUUAGCCGACAUGCUGACGGAGCGACGGCACGCCGUCAGGAAGCAGUACGAAGCCCUGCAGCAGAAGAGAGCCCUGCAGGACACCACCUGUCAUCACCAUGACAACGCCAAGGACACGCCAAGCCCUGCACUGGAGGCCCUCCCCCCCGUCCUGCUGCUGCAGAACCGUGUCCAACCCAUCCUCCACCUGGACUACACCCAGAAACUACAGCUGCAGCAGCAGAUACAGCAGCAUGUGCAGCUGCUGACUCAGGUUCACCUGCUGUGUCGCCAUGUGGACGCAUUGAGGCACGAAGCCAGCACCACCCAACACUACCUGGAGGAGCUGCAGCAAUUCGCCCGCCGUCGGGAGGAGGUUUUCCUCCACAGCAGCUUCAGAGUGUGUAACCUGAAGGAGGCUCUGGAUCUCAUUAAUGAGGUGGAGCAGAGAGCGCAGCCUCCUCAUGCUCCACCCAGUCCCGCUGCCUCCAGACGCUGGCUCCCCAGGAUGACUCCUGCUACCAACAGUCUGGCCUUCCCUCUGCUGCCAGCCGACACCGCCUGGCUGCUCGCCACGCGCCCCGUCUUUUUGUACCCGGAGCUACUUCCUGUCUGCAGCCUGGACCCCGCUAUCCACCCCCGACACCCCCGCAGUGUCUACACUGCAGGAGAGGAGGGUCUGAUCGUUCUAGGUCUGAAGCACUUCGAAGGAACGAUCCAGACGGACCAGCUGAUCAGCUCCUACCUGCUGUGCAAGUCCCGGUGGAACUUCAGGAAGCACAUCAGGGAGAUGAGCGGGCCGAGGGCACCGCAGGGCAACCUCAUCAAGACGUUCCUGACGCAGAGAGUCGCCCCCCAGCUGCCGCUCUCCUGCAGCAGAGUUCAGCCGGGAGACCGCCGCCCCCCGGUGGACAAAACCGCCAUCAACAUGCCCAACUGGCUCAAGAACAGUCAGCUGAUCAUCCAGAAGACCCGGGCGACCUCCUCCGCCUGUUAUCCCCCCUCCCUCCCAAGGGGCUGCACCCUGAGGCUCCACCCCCACUGGCUCAAGAAGUCUGCCCACCCGCCUCCACCCCCCCACAGGCGUCUCUUCUCUUUGGCCCACAAUGCAUCUCUUCUGCCACUCGCCAAAGCCCCUGCAGACAGACAGCUGGACCCGCCGGUGGACGGGCAGGCGGUGAGACCGGGCAAGAAACCGGUGCAGCCGAUUGGCCUCCUCUCGCUUCCUCCUCCCGGAGUGACGUUAUUCUCUGACUCGGCCCUGGCUCCGCCUCCUGACUCCAGGGCCGUGGCUGUUUGUACAGUCCCCGCCCCCCUCCUGCUCCCCCACCCCCCGAUAGCCCUCCCGGAUUGCACCGAUCCCACAAUGCCUCACUCCACUGACGCCGUGAAACCGGGGUACUUCUUCCUCCAGAUGGUGCGCGUGCCACACGCUCCGCCCCCUGUCAACGCCCAGCAUGACCCUGGGCAAGAGAUCUACGGACCACUCAGAAAGGAGAAGACUUCGACAAUGCCCGGCCUUCCACUGGAGGAGGAGAGACGGGUCGAGGAGGACAGUUCAGCUUCUACAUUGACACGGAGUCUUGCGUCCUGUGCAGGAGACGAGGAGCAGAAGUGGACAGUGCUGAGUUUGUCCCGUUUGAACGAAGGAAACACGGGUGGAGAGGACGUGGAGAAGAAGGGGAGAGAUACAGGAGAAGGUGGAGAGGAGCAAAGUGGUGGGGGAGGACAGGGGGAGCAAGGUCAAGAGGAGGAUGAGGGACAAAUGGAGGAAGGAGGGGGUGGUGAGAGGGACGAGGAUGAAGAAAAGGAUAAGGAGGAAGAUCAGGAUGAGGAGGAGGAGGAGGAGGAAGAUUUUGAUGACCUCACGCAGGAUGAAGACGAGGAGGAAGUGAUGUCAUCAGCUUCAGAGGAGUCGGUGCUGUCUGUCCCAGAGUUGCAGGAGACCAUGAAGCAGCUGACCUGGCUGGCAGCAGAACGUCGUCUCUGUGCAGAUGGCGACUCUGAGGAGGACAACUCUCCGACCUCUCCUGGCUCUCAAGAGGAGGAGGAAGAGGAGGAGGAAGAGGAGGAGGAGGGGCCCAAAGGGGAAGAGUCUGAAGAAGGGAGGAGCAGGAAGCCAGGACGAGAUGAAGAGACGCCAUCCAGGGACGGCACGCCCAGAGGAGGAGGCAGGUGUCCCGGACGAGGACGAGGGCGGAGCCGGCCUCUUCGCGGCCUGAGGAGAAGUCGCCAGGAGCGUCACAGCAAGGACGGCGCCAAGCUGCUGCAGCUGUACGACGAGAACCUCGUGAGCAGCGACCCGCACAGAGAGAGCAAAGAUGUGGCGUUCGCCCAGAGCUACCUCAACAGGGUGCGGGAGGCGCUGCGUGACCUACCUGGGCAGGUGGAGGAGUUUGUGUUUCUGCUGAACGAUUUCGAGCAGGUGGGAGACGGACAGGAACUGACCUCGUUGUUCAGGAAGCUGCGCUGCAUCCUAGGAGACCGGACAGACCUCCUGCGAGACUUUGCUGCAUUCUUGCAUCCUCAGCAGGCUCUGCAGUGUGGACUGUUUGAGGAGCAGCAGGCGUUUGAGCGCAGCCGUCGCUUCCUGCGUCAGCUGGAGAUCAGUUUUGGAGACAAUCCGUCCCAUUAUCAGAAGAUCAUCAAAGCUCUGCAGACUGGUCCAGACCUGAGUCCCAGCAGCAUCGAAGAGCUAAAGGUUCAGAUGGCCACGCUGUUAAAAGGCCACACCCAUCUACAAGCUGAAUUCUGGGUAUUUUUUGACGAGCUCCGCCCACCACCAGCUCGCCCGGGACAGUUUGAAGAAGCCCAUUGGCCAGAUGAAGGAGGGGGCGGGUCAGACAGCGGAGAGGGCGUCGGCCACGUGUCAGGUGGUGUAGCUAGCAGCGGCUUUGAGGAAGUGACGCUGCCGGAGCUGGAAGACGAGGAGGAGGGGCCCAAGAUCCAGCCAAUGACAAGUCGGCGCCGUAGGAGGAAGAUGGCCACUCACAGGAACUACAAGGCCUCAGGGGGCGUGUCCAGAGCCAUGAAGAGUCUGGACCCUCUGUAUCCUCCGACAGGCUCCACCCACGACGAACCAGGACCAAUCAAAGACCUGCAUCUGAAGGGGGACAAUGAGAGUCCUCUGCCAGAACAAAGCGGUGCAUCAUGGGAAGGUUCAUUCCCUCUCAUUGACGAGGAGCUGGAUGAUGAAGAGAAGGUGAAGAGGAGCAGGAGAGAGGAGGAGCAGGAGGUGGUGGAUUCCAGCGCCUCCUCCACUCUUCCUACUUCUCACUCUUUUACCUCCUCUAUGAUCUCAACUCCUUCGAUCUCCUCCUGCGUCUCCUCCUCCAUCACAUCUCCUAUUUGCGCUUCCUCCUGUGCUCCUCCCCGGCCGGCUCCUCCUCCCGACCUCCCGGUCUGUGCCAAGAACAUUUCUCUGACAGCAAGUGGAGAGAAAGUCAUCCUGUGGACCAGAGAAGCCGAUCGAGUCAUUUUGACGACGUGUCAGCAGGAAGGAGCCAAUCAGGAGACGUUCCAGUCCGUCUCCACUCUGCUCAGCAACAAGACUCCGAGCGAGGUGUCUCGGCGGUUUCGGGAUUUGAUGCGUUUGUUUCGGACAGCGGCGCGCCAGACUGGCUCGGAGGACGAGGCCCCGCCCACUCAGCCAGGAGCAGCCAAUAAAAAGGAAGACUGAUAUCAACCAAUCGAAGGAGCCGCAGUUUUUUUUAUAUUCCCUGGUGUUUUAUUGUGAAAUUUACCCACAUGUUUUAUUGUACAUAAUAAACUGUACAUAUGAAAAUAUCA